UUGCUCGAACAGCAGAUGCUAAGCCAGACAGCUGCAGGCUUGCUCUCCAGUUCUUUCUUAUCUUUAUCGCCUCUGUUCCAGUCCACCCCAGUGACUCAUACAGGAAAGCAGGGGCUUGAGUUUGAAGACGCUGAAGAGCCUGACUUUGUUGCAUUGUGUCAGAAAUUAAAGCUACCAGAUCAUGUCAGGGAAAGAGCUUGGUUAACUUGGGAGAAAGUGUUAUCUGUGGAUAGAGCUUCGGAAAAUUAUAGUCAAAAGAAAAAGGAACUGUGGGGAGUCUGUAUAUUUAUUGCCUCAAUUGAUCUGGAUGAGAUGCCAUUCACUUUUACUGAGCUACAGAAAAACAUAGAAACCAGUGUCAAUAAAUUCUUUGACUUGCUAAAAGAAAUUGAUACCAGUACCAAGGUUGAUAAUGCCAUGUCAAGACUGAUGAAGAAAUACAAUGUGUUGUGUGCACUGUACAGCAAACUGGAGAGAACAUGUGAACUUAUAUAUUGGACACAACCCAGCAGUUCGGCAUCUUCGGAAAUGAAUUCUGUGUUGGUGCUAAAACUUUCUUGGAUCACAUUUUUACUAGCUAAAGGGGAAGUAUUGCAAAUGGAAGAUGAUCUUGUGAUCUCAUUUCAGUUAAUGUUGUGUGUUCUUGACUAUUUUAUCAAGCUCUCACCCCCUGCACUGCUUAAAGAACCAUAUAAAACAGCUGUGCUACCUCUGCAUGGUUCACCUCGAACACCAAGACGAGGGCAGAACAGAAGUGCCCGAACAGUAAGACAACUAGAGAAUGAUACCAGAAUUAUCGAACUGCUCUGUAAAGAACACGAAUGUAACAUCGAAGAGGUGAAAAAUGUUUACUUCAAAAAUUUUAUACCUUUUAUCAAUUCUCUUGGAACUGUAGCUUCUAAUGGACUUCCAGAGGUUGAAAGUCUCUUUAAGCAAUAUGAAGAAGUUUACCUCAAAAACAAAGAUCUAGAUGCAAGAUUAUUUUUGGAACAUGACAAAACUCUUCAGACUAAUCAUAUCGACAGUUUUGAAAUGCAACGAACACCCCGAAAAGCGAAGCCUAGUGAAGAGGCGCAUAUGAUCCCACCACAGACUCCAGUUAGGGCUGUUAUGAAUACUAUUCAACAAUUAGUGAUGGUCUUAAAUUCAGCAAGUGAUCAACCCUCAGAAAUUUUGAUUUCCUAUUUUAAUAACUGCACAGUGAAUCCAAAGGAAAGUAUCCUGAAGAGAGUGAAGGAUAUUAGCUACAUCUUUAAAGAGAAAUUUGCUACGGCUGUGGGACAGGGGUGUGUUGAAAUUGGCUCACAGCGAUACAGACUUGGAGUCCGACUGUAUUAUCGAGUAAUGGAAUCCAUGCUUAAAUCAGAAGAAGAACGAUUGUCCAUUCAAAACUUCAGCAAACUCCUGAAUGACAACAUCUUUCAUAAGUCUUUGUUGGCGUGCGCACUUGAGAUUGUGAUGGCUACUUAUAGCAGAAACACGUCGCGUCUUGAUCCUGGAACAAAUUUGUCCUUUCCGUGGAUUCUGAGUGUACUUAACUUAAAAGCGUUUGAUUUCUACAAAGUGAUUGAAAGUUUUAUCAAAGCAGAAACUAAACUGACAAGAGAAAUGAUAAAACAUUUGGAAAGAUGCGAACAUCGAAUCAUGGAAUCCCUUGCCUGGCUCUCAGGUUCACCUUUAUUUGACCUUAUUAAACUCUCAAAGGAAAGAGAAGGAGCAUCUGAUCAUCUUGAAUCUAAUUGUACUAUGAACCUUCCCCUCCAGAACAGCCACACUGCAGCAGAUAUGUAUCUAUCUCCUGUAAGGUCUCCAAAGAAAAAAGGGUCAACUAUGCGUGUAAAUUCUACUGCACAUGCAGAGGCCCAACCGACCUCAGCUUUCCAGACCCAGAAGCCAUUACGAUCUGCCUCCCUUACGCUUUUUUACAAGAAAGUGUAUAGACUCGCGUAUCUCCGACUCAACACCCUGUGUUCACGCCUUCUGUCUGACCACCCAGAACUAGAACAUAUCAUCUGGACCCUUUUCCAGCACACACUGCAACAUGAGUGUGAGCUCAUGAGAGACAGGCAUUUGGACCAGAUCAUGAUGUGUUCUAUGUAUGGCAUUUGUAAAGUGAAGAAUAUUGACCUGAAGUUCAAAAUCAUCGUAACAGCAUAUAAGGACCUCCCUCAUGCUGUCCAGGAGACAUUCAAACGUGUUUUGAUCAGAGAAGAGGAAUAUGACUCCAUUAUAGUAUUCUACAACUCUGUCUUCAUGCAAAGACUGAAAACAAAUAUUUUGCAGUAUGCUUCCACCAGGCCCCCUACCUUGUCACCAAUACCUUACAUUCCUCGGAGUCCUUAUAAAUUUUCCAAUUCACCUCUGCGCAUCCCUGGGGGGAACAUCUACAUAUCACCACUGAAGAGUCCAUUUAAACUCUCAGAUGGCCUGCCAGCGACAACAAAAAUGACUCCAAGAUCAAGAAUCUUGGUAUCGAUUGGUGAAUCAUUUGGGUCUUCUGAGAAGUUUCAGAAAAUAAACCAGAUGGUGUGUAACAGCGAGCGUGCUCACAAAAGAAGCGCUGAAGGAAGCAACCCUCCUAAACCACUGAAGAAGCUACGCUUUGACCUUGAAGGACCAGAUGAAGCAGAUGGAAGUAAACAUCUCCAAGGGGAGUCCAAAUUUCAACAGAAACUCGCCGAAAUGAGAAAGUACUGGCCAGGAUAUGUAAUCAGAAACAUGUGGACGUCAGCUGAGGCCGAGGGGCCUUGAGAGCCAUUGUUUGACACGGCCAUACCACACAUGCGGCAGGCCUUUCCGAACAUGCCCAGCGCCUUCCGGGUUAUUGAAGUUGUGCCUCCUCUCCCAGCAUCCACGCGAACACGAAUGCAGAAGCAGAAGAAGAAUGACGGCGCGGACGCCUCAGACAAGGAGGAAAAGUGAGCAUCUCAGGGCCGUGGUGGGGCAGCAUGUACACCUCUUGCUUCAUCUUCUCCCCCAGAGCGACGAUACAAGUCUCCUGGGUUCUGUUUCGGACUGCCUUUAAUACCCUUCUUUAGUUCUCAUUUCAGAUGUAAAAAGAAGAGUGCAGACUCACGUUGAAUUUGUAUGUGAGAUUCUUACUUGCAACGUUGCAGUCAUCGUUAAUGUACAAGGUUGAAAAUCUUGUGUAAGUCUUGCUCUUUAACAAGUUGUAGCAGCUGGUUUCCAUACCCUCAAUGCGGCUGCUCUGCUUUCCAAACAGUGAAGCCACGAGGAGAAUGCAAGUCCCAGCAACCCCCCGAGCCUACCUUUCUGGACACUUGUCUGAUGCCUAUGUAUAAUGCUUGCUACAGCCUUCAUUCGUCUGUGUAUGUGUUUUUAAUUUAACGUGAACACCCUCCGAAAAUGUGGCCUGUCUUCCAAAUGCACUUUGGAUGACUCCUGAUUUACCCUGAACUCUUCUGCUCUAGCAGGUAGUAGGAACUAGGGGAAAAAAAAGACAAUUACUAAUUUUUACAGUUUAUAUUUUACUUUGCUAUUGGAUUCUGAUGUCCUCUCUGUGUAUUUGAUGCUUUGUAGUUUUUGAAUACAAGCAGAAAGCCAAGUAUAAACAUGAUGCUCUCAUACCGACACGUUUCAUACCUCAGCACUUGUAAGAAUUUCUAUCAAUUCUUUUCUUCAUCUGACUCAUGCUUUAAAAUGAGGGUUAUUAAUAGAACGUAUGGUUUUUAUAUUAUUUAGAUCACUGAAGUUAUAAAGUUGAAGUAGUAAAGCUAGAACUUUACUAUAGAGGACCUUAAUGCAGUAUACUCCAAGUGCACUUUCUAAUGUUUCUCGGUUCUGAAGAAUCAAGAUAUAAAUUAAUCUUACUCUAUAAGCAGACUGUUAACUAUAGGAGCCUUAAAUUCCACCCCAUCCCCAUUAGAGUUUUUUCCUCAUUGCAUCCCAUAACAAGUAUUCUGCUCUCCUGAAUUUGGGAACGUGUGCUUCCGCUAGAAUGGUCUCUUGGGAUGUAUCUUUGGGACUGUCCGUUAUUAUUUCCUGAAAGCCAGCAUGGGCUAACACAGACCCUUCGAAGCCAGCUUAUCUCUAGUCCACAAUUGCAAGUAAUCAAAGGUCUUUGUGGGUUAUUGCUUUUAUCUGACUUUGUGCAAAACCGUAAAAUUAAAAUGGCUUCAUUAGUAAAAGAGGCGCUUUCCCUGCUUUGGCACCUAAAGGUGUAUUUAAACUAUCUUGUAUGAUUAACUUAUUUAGAGAUGGUGUGAUUUAAAAUAGUGGUAUUUAAGUUAGCAUCAAGUCUCUGUUAGAAAAAACAAUUUUGUCUAAACCCAGAAACCUUUUAAAAAAGAAACCCGGUCUUGUUUCUUAGAAAACCAAAAACAUUUUUGGCUCAAUUAAGUUUUGAACAUGACUUCCACAGUUACCUGGACAACAAAGACACUAGAAAGCUUUACUCCCUUUCCCUUUUAACUUGUGCAUGCAUAUCACAUCACUCAUGUAGCUGUUAGGUCAAGGCCUAUUUCUGCAUAUUUUGCUACUGCGCACACUUUAGGGCUAGAGUUUUAGCAACUUCAGAAAUCGUGUAUUGAGAUUUCUUAACUAGCUUCAGAUAUUGCUUUGUUCCUUUUUUGUAUUGGUUACAAGUAUACAUUUAAAAUUGCUAUGUUACUACUUUCUACAACUAAUAGUUCACCUAUUUUAAAAUAAAGUAGUUAAGAGUGUUAA